GGUGUCCCGCUGAAGCUGUGAUGGUGCUGUCGUGUCUCUUCCGGCUCCAUGGCCUGUUCGUCGCCUCUCAUCCGUGGGAGGUCAUCUUGGGAACGGUUGCUGUGACCAUGUGUCUGAUGUCCAUGAAUGCUUUCGCUACCAAUGACCAGAUCUGUGGCUGGAACCAUCAGUGUCCCAAAGUACAGGAGAAAAUUCUAAGCGGCGACAUGAACAUUUUAACCAUUACGAGAUGUGUAGCCAUCAUUUACAUCUACUUCCAGUUCAAAAACCUCCGUCAGCUCGGCUCCAAAUACAUACUGGGUGAGUUUCUUUCUCUGAACGUACUUACUUUUGUAAUGUGGCAUAUUUCUGAGUGAA